CGCGAACCGGCGAGCCAGUUCCUGAAUCAGUCACGUGGUACGGACUGCCCGCGAGGCCUCGAACGUCACUGCAUACGUAAUCAAAGCGAGCCUCGAUACGUGCUUCACAAAAACUCCCCUGACACACGCUUCGACACACAAGACACAUCACUAUCUAACAGGGCUUUGGCUCGUGAUGUCACGCGGGUGGGCGUGGAAAGGCUUUUGGGCUGAUGCGCCAUAUUUCGGGGCUCAAACGAAAGAGGAGCGAAAGCACACACAUCAGCCAUGGUUCGUACUUGCUGUGUGAUCGGCUGUACUGUUCGAUCGCACGACCGGCAAGGGAAUAAGCUUGGGAAUGGUUUAUCUUUUCAUUCUUUCCCGACAUGGAAGCAACAUGAGGGAGCUCAUAUAGCGGAACUUACCAAAAAAAGGCGUCUAGCCUGGAUAGCAGCCGUGGGACGAGUUGAUCUCCAGUUCUCUUCCAUCUCCAAAUGUCUGUUGGUGUGCUCCAGACAUUUUCACUCCGGGAAGCCUGCCUAUGAAAUGGAUCAAACAAAUCCAGACUGGGUACCAACGCUACACAUGAACUCCGAAAAAAGACGACGAACGCAAGGACAACAACAAAGAGCACUAGUCGGAGGCAGAAAGGCAGAGAAGGCAUCUGCAGAGGAGAUAAGAAGAAAAAUGAGACUGGAUGUGUUCAACAGAAGACAGACAGCAAAGCUAAAACGGAUAACACAAAUCAAGCUAUCUGCAGAAGACAUCCCUCCAAGGGACCCAGCAGCCAAGGAUGCAGGACCAACAACCCUUGAUGGUCAAAGGCGGCUUAUUAAAGGUGCUGUCCCGACACUUUUUCAGUGGAAUAGAUAUAAAGUUGAACCGCCGCGGAGUAGUGUUUGGGAGAGAACGGAGCGAUCCCCUGAACUAGUCCAUCCUGGGGAUCAAGGUCAGCACAGUGUUACAACAGAUCAUGACUACUGCUCAUUUCCUGAGCCGUCAGCAGAAGACCUGUCCAAAGACCUGGAGAGUCUGAAGAAGGAAAUACAGGAGUUACGUGUCCAGCGAGAGUUUGGGUUACAGCGGUUUGCUGGUUCCGACACUGACAUCCAAUUCUAUACCAGAUUUCCAAGCUAUAAUCAUUUGAUGGCAUUCUGGGUUUUGAUUGAGCCUUGCAUCUAUGAAAUGAUCCAGGCUUCAGGAGCCAAGUCAGCUGCCAACACGGACGAAGAAGUGUUGACACCUGCACGCACACAAACGAGGCAGCUGCUCCAGCCAAUCGACGAGUUCUUUCUUUUCCUGGUUUUCCUGUCUGUUGGUCUGAAGGAGAGGGACCUGGCUCAUCAAUUCAACAUACACCAGUCCACAGUGAGCCGCAUCAUUGCAACAUGGACAAGUUUUCUUGCCACUGCACUGGGGUCUCAGUGCAUCUGGCUUACACGUGCAGAAGUGCAAGCUUACCUCCCUAAGGAAUUCAAAGAUUUCUCAGACACCCAGGUGAUCCUUGACUGUACAGAGCUGAGGUGUCAGACACCAUCCUCAUCACUUCUCCAGAGUGAAACGUACUCUUCGUACAAAUCCCACUGCACGAUGAAAGCCCUGGUUGGCAUAGCUCCACAUGGUCCAGUCACAUUCAUCUCUGAUCUGUACGCAGGUUCGGUUAGUGACAAGGAACUAUUCAAACAGUCAGGCAUUGCUGAGAAGUUGACUGAAGACAUGGCAGUGAUGGUAGAUAAGGGCUUCCUGAUCACAGAUUGUUGUAAAUGCAAAGUGUACCGCCCACCUUUUCUAUCUAAGCAGAAGAAGAACCAGGUUAAGGAGACUCAGGCCACAGUCAGACUCAGGCUACAUGUGGAGCGAGUCAUUAGGAGGAUCAAACAGAACAAACUUUUUGAUGGCAUCAUCAUCAUGUCACCUGUUUACAAUAUCAGCCAACUGUUUGCAGUAGCAUGUAUGCUGUCAAAUUACCAGAACACAGCAUUAGUUAAAAAACAGGUUAAGUGAGACGAGAUGGAGUUGUCCCAAGGAACCAGUGCCAGUAACUUGUGCUAUGCAUGGAGCUUUAAAUACUUACUAUGUAAAUAAGUUCUGCAAACAUUCAAUGUUAUAAUGUUUUUGAUACUGUUGCUAAAAUAAGAGUUUACUGGUUUCACACAACAGUAAAAUGUUUUUUAAAAAUUCAUUAAAAGUUUUGCAAAUAAAAUAUCACUUUGUUCAAUCCA